CAGCAGUGUCUGCUUGGGAUUUGCUUCUUGCUCUGUGCUGGAGGCUGCACUGUUCAGCACCUGCUCCCUGUCCCCCCCUGCACCGCCCUCUUCAUCCUCCAGGUGGAGCCAGCGUCCCCCCCUCUCAGUGCAGGUAGGCUCCAGCCCCCAUAGACUUGGUUCUGAGUUGUGCCCUUGAGUUCACACCAGUGCUGGGUGUGACCUGCAGAGCUGACACUGUGUGUGUGUGUGUGCUGGAUAUUCCGCUCAGCCGGUGCAGUGUGCACGCUGCAGGUGUCCCCUUACCCCUCCACCCACUUGGCCCACUUUGGAUUACAUUACAGCAGCAGCGCAGAAGGAACAAUCACACCAGAGGAGCCGACGGCGAAGGGCAGCACUUCAGCAUGAGGAGUACGGCUGCAGAAGGGGGACGCUGGCUGGUGGUGCUGGGCUUUCUCCUCCUUACUGACCCGUCCCUGGCAUUGGUGGAGGUCCACGUGGAACAGAAAUCGGUGACGGCGGUGGAGGGACACGGCAUAACUCUCCCCAUCUGGUACUCCAGCAGCUCGGAUGAAAAGCCGUAUGUCAUGUGGUCGGUGCAGCGCGAUCAGGGGGAGCAGGUUCAGAUCUUGAAGUACAUGGAUGGAGAGACCUCCGUGGCUCCGGAUUUCAAGGACCGGCUGAGGUUCGCCCACGCCAUGCCAACGAGGAACAUCUCCGUCGUCAUCAACAGGACGCUGGCGACGGACGCGGGGAAGUACCGCUGUUUCGUCAACGUGAAAAACGACGACAUCAGCGGCAGCAGCAACAUCGGGGCGGUGGAUGUUCCUCCUUCUAAACCCACCUGUCAAUUGUAUGGAAGUCCGUACGUCGGAGCCAACGUCACCCUCAGCUGCAGGUCAUCCUCCGGGCAGCCGACUCCUACCUAUGCCUGGAUAAAGAAAGCCAAGAUCAACAUGGUGUUUUUCCCGCCGGCCCAUGACAGCGUGAAGGGGACGUUAACCCUGACGAAUCUUUCCAGUGAGCACAGCGGAACAUACAUGUGUACGUCCAGGAACACGGCCGGUGUGGCGGAGUGUAACAUCGCAAUGGAGGUGACGUCAGCGUCCAGAGUGGCCAUCAUAGUCGGCGCCGUGGUCGGCACCAUCGUCGCUCUGUGCUGCCUGGCCAUCUUGAUAACCGUUCUGAUCUAUUUAUACCGACGGCAGAAGAAGGAAGCUCAGGACGAGAUGGAGAAUGAGAUUAAGGAGGACGCGGCGGCCCCGAAAACGCUCACCUGGGCCAAGGCAAACGGGUCAGAUCUUACUUACAAAAACGGCACCCUGUCCUCCGUGAACAGCAACCGGAGCCGCAAGCCUUACCCCCCCAAAUCCCCCUCCGACACCACGUCCAUAAAUACCGCCAUAGGCAGCACCGCCGGCUACAGACCCCCCUAUAUCAGCGACAGAGGGCGAGUCACGACGCCGACCCCCAGCAUGUCCAGCCAGUCUCUGCCGGCGUACAUGGCGCCGGUGAACGGCAACUACUACACUACCGCCGUGUCGACAAACAGAAGCUCCGCCCAGAAGGCAAACGGCGUGGAACAGCCAGCGCCCAGGAAGGAUUUAAACAUUCCGUCUGGGGUGACUCCGUCCAAUCUGGUGCGCAUGGGGGCCGUGCCGGUGAUGGUGCCGGCUCAGAGUCAGGCGGGGUCCCUGGUGUGAGGCGGCUCGGUAUUAUUUAUGACUGAAUGUUUACAGGACUUAAGCAGCCAAC